AUGGCCUUCCAUGUUCUUACCCCCAAUAUAUCCGUUGUGGAUCUGACAUGCCGCCUGGAGAAACCUGCCAAAUAUGAUGAUCUGAAGAAGGUGGUGAAGCAGGACUCUGAGGGCCCACUAAAGGGCAUCCUGGGCUAUACUAGGGAACAGGUUGUCUCCUGCAACUUCAACAGCGACUCCCACUCUUCCACCUUUGAUCCUGGUACUGGCAUUGCUCUCCAUGACAACUUUGUAAAGCUCAUUUCCUGGUAUGACAAUGAAUACCGCUACAGCAACAGGAUGGUGGACCUCAUGGCCUACAUGGCCUCCAAGGAGUAA